UGUCGAGUGCUUUGAAAAUGGAAAUGAAAAGUCUACGAUCAUUUAAACGUAUCAGAAAUUUAAGAAAUCAAACGAUAUUCAAAGAAGACAUAUAUAAAACAUAACGAUGCGCGUAAAGAAUAAUAAAUAGAUACAUGAUUCAUAAGUAACGAUUGCGAGAUAUUUUCAUAUUAUGAAGUCCUAUGUGGACACUGGUUAUGCAGUCACAAGGUUACUUUGUUUUUUUUUCUUUUUUCUUUGUAAAGGUAUUUUUCUUUUUAUUAUUAUUUAAUCCUCGUGCGCGAUAGUAACGAAGAGAAACGUUGAUUUACUGAUCGAUGGAGACAUUCAGAGGAUAAAAGGGGAUAAAUGACGCAUGGUUCAUCAAACAGUAUUUGAUCUACCUGAAAAACAAUUAACUUCGAUGGAUCAUCGAUCAAAGACUUGAAUUAAAUCGUCAUCUUCGCGAGGGAGGUAGAGAAAGGUGACAAAGAUGCAAAACGCAUGCAACGUUAUUUUGAUCAUACAUUAAAAAAGAAAUUAAAAAGGAGAGAGAAAGAGAGAGAGAGAGAGAGAGAGAGAGAGAGAGAGAGAGAGAGAAAGAGAGAGUAUCUGUACGUGUAUACGUGUACAUCUAGAAGUGACGUAUACACACGUACUUCUAAUAAAUUCGAAAUUCAAGAAAAUAAAUUGAUAAGAAAGAAACUUUGCGAGUACAUAAAAAGAGAGAGACGUGAUAGAUAGAAGGAAGAUAAAAAGAAGGAAAAUAAAGAGAGAAAGAGAGAGAGAAAGGAGAGAGAGAGAGAGAGAGAGAGAGAGAGAGAGAGAGAAAGAGAGAAUUGUUGGGUAUGUGCCCUGAUAAGGAAAGAGUAUUAACUAUGAGGUGUGCCGUCAAUGAAAAAGCUGCUUAUGAAGAAGUUGAUCCUUCUUCGAUGAAAAAAAUGGAGGAGUCGAGGAUUAAAGAAGUCAAGAUAGAUCGAAUGUCUCCAUCAGAGGAUUCUUCUUUGAGUGACCGGAUUCAGUACGUUCCAAAAAUCAAGUGGUUGGAUCUUUCUGCGCAAAUAUUCAUACAUGGAGGUUGUCUUUAUGGAUUCUACCUCAUGUUCACACAGGCGAAAUUUGUGACGUCUUUGUGGGCUUUCAUAGUGAUAUACACUUCCGGUUUUGGCAUAACAGCGGGAGCUCACAGAUUAUGGUCUCACAGGGCGUACAAAGCGAAGUGGCCAUUGCGAUUAAUUCUAGUCUUCCUUUUCACGAUAACUGGUCAAAAGCACGUUUACGCGUGGGCAUUGGACCAUAGGGUGCACCACAAAUAUAGCGAGACCGAUGCCGAUCCACAUAACGCAAAAAGAGGUUUUUUCUUCGCUCAUGUAGGAUGGCUUUUUACAACACCUCAUCCAGACGUUGUGGCUAAACGCAAAGUCGUUGAUAUGAGUGAUCUUGAGGCCGAUCCGAUAGUGAUGUGGCAAAAGAGAUUUUACAUACCUCUAUUUGCUCUUUUGACCAUUGGAUUACCGGUCGCGGUACCUUAUUACCUUUGGUCUGAAACAUUCUGGACAUCUUUCUGGGUUAGUUUUAAUUUCCGAUUUUGCGUAACGCUCAAUAUAGCUUUCUUCGUUAAUAGUGUCGCACACAUGUGGGGUCAGAAACCUUAUGAUAAGAAUAUCUCACCAGUCGAGAAUAUAGCGGUUUCCAUAGCAGCGCUUGGAGAAGGCUGGCACAAUUACCAUCAUGUUUUUCCAUGGGAUUACAAGACCGGAGAACUCGGUGAUUAUUCUUUCAAUAUAACGACUGGAUUCAUCGAUGCUUUCGCUCGUAUUGGUUGGGCUUAUGAUCGGAAAUACGUCUCGCCAGAAAUGAUACGGCGAAGGGCAAAUAAAUCUGGUGAUGGUAGUUACGUUUGGGGUUAUGGAGAUGUGGACAUCCCUAAAGAAGAUCUUCAAGAAUUAGAAACGAUGGAUAAAAAAAUUUUAUAAACAAUUAGUUCCUUUUUUAUUAUAUUAAUACGCCGGUACAAAAUACAGCAGAAUCUUUGUCGUCAUUCUUAUUAUCCUGCCGUCUUUUUUAUAUUUUCUAAAAAAGUAAAAGUAUCUUAGAUUUAUAUAAAAAUUUUAUAAUCGUGGAAUAACAAAGAAGACGUUCUUGUGUUAUUAAUUGAAAGCAUAAAUGUAAUUUCGUACAAUGAAAUAUAAGAGUAUAAUGAUGAGGUAAAAAGAAACAAAGAAAAACAAAAAAGCUAUUUUUACGCUCUUUCGUUUUUUUUUCGUAUGUUUAAUACAUAUGUAUUUUCACGUGGUUGCAUAAAAAUACGUUAAUUUUAAUAAAGUAUUAUUAAUUUUUGUUGUUGUUUCCGAUUGUAUGGAUACACAUUUUGAAAUAGAAAUGCAACAAAUGUUAUGUUACUUUUGUUGAAAAAAUA